UGCUCUCCAGCCCGCUCUCGGCCAGCAACAACCAUGUCGAUCUGGGACACCCUGCCAGCCAUUGUUAUCGGAAGCGAGAGCGCCGCCCAGCUCCAGGGUGCGCUCACGGAGAAGCUUCGGGAGCUCGAUGUGUCGUCGCCCGACAUUGUGGCCGAGUUUGUGGUGAUGAUGUGCGCCAACAAGAAGAACCGGGACGAAGUCGAGAACGAAGUCCGAGACAUCCUGACCGAUGGCGAGCUCACGGCUGUCGUCACCGAGUACACCUUCCAGUACCUCGCCGGUAUGGCGCAGACGGGCCACCCACACGCUGGUAUCGACGAGUCGGACGAAGACGACGAGGAGAUUGUCAUGGAAGAAAUCACGCAGCCUCCGCCGGCAGCUCUUGCCGGCUCAACCCAUCGAUCCGGAUCGGGGCCAAAUCGUCUCCUCAGCUCGGCCAUUCGUGGUGUCUCGGAUUCUCUGUCGGAUGCCCAGUCCAGAAAGCGCCGCCAGCCAGACGGCAAUGCGGGGCUCGCCCAACCGCACGCACAGUCGCAGCACGAGCCAACGGAGGCCUCGACCGCCGAGCAAAAGUCAAAGAUCAGAAAAAUCGUCUGGAGUAGCGCAGCCGAAUCCAGCCCGUCGGAGCCCCAGGCGGCGCCGCAGCGGGAGGUCUUUAUUUCCAAAAAGUUUGGCAACGCAACCGGGUCCGAGACCGACAAAACAUCCUUCAAGGUGACGGUCAAUGUCGCAAAGCAGCAAGCCAACGAUCUACGAGAGCUACUGAAGUCGGGCAAGCGCACCGCAGCUCCGUCCGGCGAGCUGGAAGGGCCGGCCAAGACACAGAUCCGGUGCAGCUUUUGGCCCGCUUGCACCCGCGCCGACUGCAAGUUUGUGCAUCCAACCAAGGUCUGCCCCGAGCUCUCGACCUGCACCAAGGGCAACGAGUGCCUGUAUAUCCACCCGAUGAUGCCGUCGCCAGCAGCCGGCCGAGUCGAGUGCAAGUUUGGGCUGGGAUGCACCCGGCCCGACUGCCCGUUCUACCAUCCGAACGGAGCCGCAGCCGCACUCGGCGCACACCCAUCUCUGCGAGGCCGAGGCGGAGCUCGGUUUGGUGUGGGUCGUGGUGGGUUCGCUGGGUCUAUGACAAAGACCACGGUCAAGUGCAUCUACUACCCAAACUGCCUCAACCCCAGCUGUCCAUUUGUCCACGGCGACGGCGGCGACGGCGGCGACAGCAACAAGACUGGCCCAACCGCCGACGCCCCCGCCGGUGAUGCGAUCGAAGCUACUGCCGCCGCCGCCGCUGGUGGUGCCGGAGCCGGCGGAUUCUCGCGAGCGCCGAUUCAACUCCCAUGCAAGUACGAACCCUUCUGCACUCGGCCAGGCUGUCCGUUCAUACAUUCGUCCGCCGAAGCAGGAAGCGGGAUGAAGAAGCACGCGCGGACAUUUGCCCUGCCAGACGAUCAGACCGAGAAGGUUGCAGUCGGCAGCGGUAGCGAGACCAACACUAUUUCGUAACAAAAGCGACGUUCUCGUCGAGCUGCAUUGCGUCACCACCCCUUCCUGUCCCUUGCCCUCUGUACCAUCAUCUCCAUGUGUCUGUUGAAGAGCGAAUGCUGGCUGGCUGGCUGACUGUUGCAGCAGCGCCAAGGAUGCUCGCCCCAUGCACGAUGGACAUGCGCUGGGCCCAAGCCGUAGCAGCAGCAACAACAGCAAUCCAGUACACCCAGCAAAGUCGGACUGGCCUGACGGGGGAGCCGGUGCAAUACAGCCCGAAACCCGCCUCGAUGCAC